GUUGAAGGACGAAGGAGAAGCGGGGAGCUGCUGCUGACACAUUCUGCUCAGCACCACGGACAGCGAACCAUCGGGAGCUCGGACACAAGCUAUCCAUCGAUAUUGAACUGAACUGGCAAUGAGGAGUUUGGUUUGGAGGGAGCUACUAAUUUUCAUUUGAUCACACAAAGACUUUUUCGCUGCUCGCCAAAUUAGAACAGGAGGAAACAAAACUACAACUGGCACCCACAAUGGAGCCCCUAGACCAGACCUACUGGUUUCCCCUCGCAUCAGACCUCAACUCCUCCUUUGGAGCCACUCCCUCGCCCUUCCUCUUCUCCUACCCCCACCUCUUCAACAUCUCCUCCAACCUGUCCACUCAAAGUGUGCCCUUCCAGGGUAGCAGCACUCUGAUGACCGCAGUCAUCUCCCUCACAGUCUUCAUGGUGGGUCUGACUGGCAACACUCUGGCCAUCUAUGUGGUGCUGCGCUAUGCCAAAAUGAAGACAGUCACCAACAUCUACAUCCUGAACCUGGCUGUGGCCGAUGAGCUCUACAUCAUCGGGCUCCCCUUCCUCACCACACAGAACGUGCUCUCCUAUUGGCCGUUUGGCUCCUUCCUGUGCCGCGUGGUCAUGACAGCAGACUCUAUGAACCAGUUCACGUCUAUUUUCUGCCUGACGGUCAUGUCCAUCGAUCGUUACCUGGCUGUGGUUCAUCCAAUCCGCAGCACCAAGUGGAGACACCCCCGCGUGGCCAAGGUGGUGAGCGCAGCCGUGUGGGCCGUGUCCUUUGUGGUGGUCCUGCCUGUGGUCAUCUUCUCUGAUGUUCAGGACACAUUUAACUCCUGCAACAUGAACUGGCCCGAGCCAAAGAAUGUGUGGUCGACAGCCUUCAUUCUCUACACUGCCACAGUCGGCUUCUUUGGACCGCUGCUAAUCAUUUGCCUCUGCUACCUACUGAUCGUUAUCAAGAUGAAGUCGUCAGGGGCGCGAGCGGGCUUCACCAAGCGGCGGCGUUCAGAGCGCAAGGUGACGCGGAUGGUGGUGGUGAUAGUGGUGGUGUUUGUGCUCUGCUGGCUGCCAUUCUUCAUCAUCAACAUGGUCAAUCUGGUGGUCAUCAUCCCUGAGUCCAGCGCUACUGCCGGAAUUUACUUCUUUGCUGUCAUCCUGUCCUACGCUAACUCUUGUGCCAACCCGGUGCUCUACGGCUUUCUGUCGGACAACUUCAGACAGAGCUUCAGGAAGGUGCUGUGUGUUAGGAGUAUGAGGUGCAAGGCCAAUGGAGUGGAUGAUGGCGACCCCAGUGCUCCGCGCACUGAAAAGACCACAGCACACGACUGCGUCCUUCUCUCUCCUCGUAACCAGGUCUACCACGAUCCUCAGAGCAGCCAGAUCUCUCCUCACGCUCCAGGCUCGCCCACCUCCCACACAGCGGCAGACCUUCACCGCUCCACCCCUACAUGUCAGCCUCUCUCCACUUGCCCAGGAACCGGACCCACCGCUACUACAGCAGUCUCCAGGCUAACCUCCAUCGUAACCUCGGCUGAACUUCCCACCGUCACUGCCCUGACUACGCCCUCCUCCCCUGCAUCCAUAGCUCCGCAGGAACAGGAGCUAUAGAGUGAUGAACAUCAGGCGUUUAAGGAAGUGAAAAGAGAAGCUAUGGAGGAAUAGCAUGAUGUAAGACUACAGAUGUGGAAGCACAGGGAUUGGAUUAGCUGAUCAAAAAAGCAAAAAUGGAUGCUUUUCUGCAGCUGUAAUGUAAAAGUCCAUUCCCAGGACGACAUGAACACUCAUUCUAUUUUUCAUAUCUCAGUGUGUAUCUAUAUGACUCGCCCAGCUCUUCAACAAGCCCUGUUUUUCUCUCCAUCCAGCCAUGUGACAUAAGUGCCUUUCCAGCCACUUUCAGCAAACAUCAAGGCUUCUCAACAGACGCAGGAAUGCUCACAGUUUCCUUCUUUCAUGUGUCACACUAAAUGUAAGAAUGUAUUUCCUUUUCCGAACCAAAAAUGCCACUGAGGACACAUUUAAAGCCAGUGGAGAAGAUUUCCUGCAGGUAUAUCUCAAGUUUAUUUGGUAAACCGGGCAUUACAGAGUUUUCUCUCUAUUUGCAAACACACAUUAUGGUUCAGUGUGGAAAAAAUGAAAGGAAUUUUCAGAUAAAAGCUCACCUACUACAGCUUUAAUUAAACAGCACAAUGCACUGAUUCAGUAUCAUGUUUUUUUCUGUAUUACAGUAAAAAUGUAUUUUUGUGUUUCGAGUUCCCUCUCACCUUUGUUCUCUUCACUUUAUUUAAAUGGAUAAAUUGUGACGAGUGAACAGCUUUGUGGAAAAAGUCUGCUGUAAUCUUUUUCUGUAUGCUAUUUGUAUUUUUUUAAAUGGUUUGCUUGCAGUUUAUCAGCUUCUUAAUUAACAAAAAUGUGACUCGUUCCCUGCAAUGUGGUUUUCUGCAAACAUAUAGCCAGCAUUGAGUACAAAACCUCUGACCUCUUUGUAUAUAAAUGUUAUUUUAAGGUUCAGUGUGUAGGAUAUAGGGAGAUAUA